AAAUCGGUCUUUUUUCCAUCGAUUGUUUCAUAGUCGCCGUUCCUUGCCGCCAGAGUUUCGAAAAGCCGAAAUACACUACUGGGAUGGGCCAGAUGAUCCAAAAAAAUCCAAGUGUCCUUGUCGCGAUACCAGCUAGCUCUUACAGUGGAGGACAACUCCAAAUGGCUAAGCAGUUCCACGUUAAGAACAGGCCAUUCCCCCUCAUGCAAUGGGCGACAAUGUCCUUUCAGAUGGGAGCCGCAUUUCUACCACCUAUUUUGGUGCCGCUAUCAGAAUCAUGGGGUCGGAUGCCUGGAUAUGGCCUCGGAUAUGCCCUCUACAUAAUUUGUCUCUUUCCAUCAGCCUUUGCACAGAAAUUUGCCACUUUAAUAGUAACCCGGUUCCUUGGCGGAGGUGCAGCUGCAGCUACUAUUAACAUCAUCGGAGGCACUAUUAGUGAUAUUUGGCGUGGCAGCGUUGCCCGGAGUCGACCAAUGUCACUUUGUGCGUUUUCUGGUGUUGCGGGAAUUGCCAUUGGGCCUUGUAUCGGUGGGGGUCUGCAAAGAAUCAGUAUCGGCACUUCAUGGAAAUAG